AUGCCCCAAGGCCAUGGCACAAGGCUGUCCUGCCCCUCCAGGACCAGCAUAAAAGCCAGCCCAGAGCCUCUCUCCCUCACACACUUCUCCUCACACCUCCUGCUCCUGCCGACAACCAGUCCAGGCACCCUCCACACCACACCCAUGGCCUGCUACAACCGCUGCAGUCCCUGCGGACCCACCCCGCUGGCCAACAGCUGCAACGAGCCCUGUGCCCUGCAAUGCCAGGAUUCCCGCGUCAUCAUCGACCCUUCCCCUGUGCUGGUCACCCUGCCAGGACCCAUCAUGACCUCCUUCCCCCAGAACACCGCCGUCGGAUCCACCUCCUCGGCUGCUCUGGGCACUGAGCUCAGUGUGCAGGGACAGCCCAUCUCUGGCGGAUUUGGUGGCUUUGGCUACGGCCUUGGCUAUGGCCGUGGAUUUGGCUAUGGCUGUGAAUUCGGCUAUGGGCAGGGCUAUGGCUAUGGCCUGGGCUGCUAUGGCAGCAGGGGCUAUGGCUACAACUGCUAAGGGACCUCAGAACCACCCCUGACAUCCACAAUGUGCCUGGGGCUCUGGCAACAGUUUCUGCAAGCAAAUCACCUCAGCUGAUCGUUGCCCUACUUGCAUCUCACACUAUAAUCCUUCUAGUUCUUUCUCCUGUCUUCAUUUUUUCCCUCAAUAAAGUUUUCCUGCAUCAA